CAGCUGAAGCUGUUGGGGUCAGUGCGAGACUCCCGCCAAUUCCGAGCUCCUAGCGCCUUCUGAGAGUGGGAGACAGAGAGGGAGCUCGGGAGGGCAGCGGCUUAAUUAAAAAUAGUUUAAAGUUUUGGAAAGAAGAUUUUGAAGUUGAAUAAGAACUCUUAGCCGCAAGCACGAAACCUCAGUCUGUGAGGGGGAGCGGGCAGAAUCUGUCGAGCUGGUCCACUCGGUCCGGCGGGGUGUUGUGUUGCGCUCCCGGGCGAGUGUCGCGGAGCGAUGCUGGCGGCGGAAGAGCUGUCCUCGGAGGGGCCGUUAGCGCAAACCCCGAGGAGGAGAGGUAUGGAGGGCAAGACCAAGUCGAGCUCUGCAGCGAAGAAGCUGGUCCAGGCUCGUCUGCCCUUCAAACGCCUAAACCCUGUGCCCAAGCAGAAUGGAGAGCCCAAACGGACACGAGGACCCCCUGCCCCGCCUAGCCCAGAGGGCAGCGCCUCGGACACCGAGAACGAGCAGGACCGCAGCCCGCUGCCUGUUCCUCCCCGCAGUGCCAUCCUGGUCAACGGCCGGGGGCCCCUGGAUGGCUUCAUGAGCCGGGCGAGGAGGGUGACUGCUCCCCCUGAGCCCUGCGUCACCAUCGACCUCACAGAGGACUCGAACUCUGCUCCUGCCCCAGACACUGCCCCCUCCCCUGCCCUGGCCCAGGACACUGCCCCUGCGGGGGGCUCCAUCACCCCGACUAGCAUGCCUGAGCCCCACAGCACCACUGCCUCUAUGGAGACAGGCCCCUUGGACAGUCAGACAGGGGGUGGGGCAAUUGACUCAGUUGCAGAAGUGGAGAAAAAGGUUGAGGAGGAGGAAGAGGAGGUUGGUGUUGAUAAAGGUGCCUCACCCAGCUCCCAGCCAGCCUGCACACAGGACCCUGACCACAGCGAGCACCCUCAGGCCCUCGAGGCAGAGGCCGAGGUGGAGGGGGAGGAGGAGAGCGUUUCUGGCCCUGAGAACGAGUCGCUCCUCUCUCCCUCAUCUUCCAGCUCGCUGUCCGCCGUGGAGAGCUCCCCCGAGCCGGCUAAGGGCGGCACGCCGCUUCGUGCAGAAGCCCCGGGCAGCACUGGACCAAAGACCCCCCAGGCCACAGAAGACAAGAAGGUGAAGAGGCGCUCCCUCAAGGGCGAGGAGCAGGAGCAGCGGCGGCGCCAGCGCGAGGAGCAGCGUGCCGAGAGGGAGCAGCAGCGCAGCGAGGCCCGGGCCGCGCGGGAGCGGGCCAAGGAGGAGGCGCGCAGGCGCAGGGAGGAGAAGGAGCGGGACAAGCGGGAGAAGAAGGAGAAGGAAGAGAAGGAGAAGGCGGAGAAGCUGCGGGCGAAGGAGGAGCAGCGGAAGGUGAAGCUGGAAGCCAAACUGGAAGAGAAAAGGAAAAAAGAGGAGGAGAAACGGUUGAAAGAAGAGAAGGAUCGGAUCAAAGCAGAGAAAGCGGAGAUCACCCGGUUCCUACAGAAACCCAAGACCCUGCAGGUGCCAAAGACUCUGGCUGCUGCUUGUGGGAAGUUUGCGCCCUUUGAGAUCAAGGAGAACAUGGUUCUGGCGCCACUGAGUCGGGUUCAGUGUGAAGAGGAGGCUCUGGAGCAGCUGGACCGGUACCUGGCUGAGCCGGACCACAGUCUGGAUUGCCGGAGACACUGGCUGAGCUGCAAGCACCGCAGGAGUGGCCCGACCUGGCCCAGGCCCACAGAGGAUGUGAACAGCUGUGUGCUGGUGGUGGAGGUUCCCAAGCCGGACGGCGUGCCCGACCGGCGGCAGUGGAGCCGCAUGAAGCUGCUGCAGUUCCACGAGAACUACCGGCCGGCAUACUGGGGCACCUGGAGCAAGAGGAGCCGGCUUAUUUCCCCUCGCUGCCCCCUGCAGCAGGACAAGGAGCUGUUGGACUACGAUGUAGACAGUGAUGAGGAGUGGGAGGAGGAGGAGCCAGGCGAGAGUCUGUCCCACAGUGAGGGGGAUGAGGAAGAGGAGGGUGGUGACGAAGACGACGAUGACGAUGGAUUCUUCGUCCCCCAUGGUUACCUGUCCGAGGGGGAGGGAGCAUCUGAGGAGGAGGAGCGAGCGGAUCCGGAGAACCAGAAGGUGCGGCAGCGGCUGAAGGCCCGGGAGUGGGAUGAGCUCAUGUCUAAGGGGAAGAAAUUCCACGUGCUGGAGCCGGUGGUGCUGGGGUGCGUGUGGGAGGCGCAGGGGGAGCCCGACAGGCCGGAGAACAGGAUGCUGCGACUGCACGCCGUUUGCCUGCUGGACGUGCCGCCUGGCGACGAGGCAGGCAGCCCCGAGAGCAGCGCUCGGGAGCGGCGGGACGAGCAGAUCCUCUCCCAGCUCCUGCCCCUGCUGCACGGGAACACGCACGGCAGUAAAGUCAUCAUCAUGGAGUUUCAGGAGUGCUGCCGGCGCAGACCCCCGCCGCAGCCCACCAGUCCGGAGCCGGGCGAUGAUGGCAGCGUGCCCACCAGGUACCGUCUGAAGCGGAUUAUUUCAGAGAAUGCAGUGUAUGAGAAGCGACCGGCCUGGCGCCGCUGCUGCUGGUACGUCCAUCAGGAAGUGCUACAGCGCUUCGGUCAGGAGGGCCUGCCAGUGCCCUGUCAGUGGAGCUACCUCACCCAGGGGCCACACAGUGCCCGAGAGGAGAGCAAUGGGACCCCCAGCAAUUCCAGCGUCUCCCCCCCGACCCCAGUGUCCACUGCACCCCCGCUCAUGUCCUCCUCCGCCAAGCGGAAAAGUGCCGGCAGCAUGUCCAUCACCAGGUUCAUGAAGAGGUGUGGAGACGCAGAGCAGGGAGAGGCGAUGGAGACGGAUGGGUUCCAGGCCGACACGGAGGAAGACGAGGAUGAUGCGGACUGUGUUAUCGUGGAGGCUCACACAGGUUCAGUAGGAGAUGGUGCUCAGCAGGAGAGUACGGAACACAUGGAGGUCACGACCUCUGACCUCCCUGCAGCUGCUGCUACCCCCUCCAGUGCCUGACCUACCUUCUGUCAGGGGAGGUCACUGCUAAGCUGACACUCCACCAUGAUCACUGGUGUAGUACAUUGUUGGCUUUUUUUAUUGAUUCUUUUAAUGUCUUCGUCAAUGUUCACAUAUAUGUGUUCUAUUUGUUUCCCAAGAAUACUUGAACUGGUUUUCUUUAUUAAAAAAUAACUAAGAAAUGAAA